AUGGAGUUUCCCUGCCUCCCACUGUGCAGAGACGAAGAUGCUGAGCUUUGGACCUACUCUAAGAGGAGAGAGAUGCAGGAAAUCAUACCUAGAUUAUUUCUUGGCCCAUAUUCUUCUGCCUCGAAAAACAAGCUCCCCGAACUGCAGAAACUUGGAAUAACCCAUGUCAUAUGCAUAAGGCAAAGCCUUGAAGCCAAGUUUAUCCAGCCGAACUUUCCGCAAUUCUUGACGUAUUUAGUCUUGGAUAUUGCAGAUAAUCCAGUUGAAAACAUAACAGACUUUUUCCCCAAAAGUAAAGAAUUUAUUGAUGGGGGUUUGCAAGCAGGAGGAAAAGUACUUGUCCACGGAAAUGCAGGGUUAUCCAGGAGCGCUGCCAUCGUUGUUGCAUACAUAAUGGAAACAUUUAGAAUGUCAUUCAAAGAUGCUUUUAUGCACGUGAAAGGAAGAAGGUUCUGUAUUUGUCCUAACGAUGGAUUUAUCCACCAGCUUCGGUUAUAUGAAGCCAUCUAUCUUGCAAAAUCAACUGUACAGAUAUCGCCAUUGGAACAGGGAAGAUCGUUAUCUUUUCUUUCUGGUAAUAGUGGCAAUUUAAAGCGAAAGCAUGGGGAAGAAGAGGAAGAAGAAGAUUUCUGCAACUUUAAGAAGAUUUCAAGAAUAUGA